AUGGCCACCAAGAAGGCGGGUUCGCGGCUGGAGACGGAGAUCGAGCGGUGCCGGUCGGAGUGCCAGUGGGAGCGGAUCCCCGAUCUCGUCAAGCAGCUCUCGGCCAAGCUCAUCGCUAACGAUGACAUGGCAGAACUACUUCUUGGGGAGUCCAAACUAGAACAAUUUUUGAAGGACAAUAUUCUUAAACAGAGUAGUAGUCCACGGGGCCCCCGGCCAAAGCUGACUGAGGUCAGGAAACAUCUCACAGCAGCACUUGACAGGGGAAACUUAAAGCCAGAAUUCCUACAAGAAGCUAACCUAAUUAUGGCCAAGUUAAACUAUGUGGAAGGUGACUACAAAGAAGCUCUGAACACGUAUGCCAGAGUUGGAGUUGAUGACUUGCAGCUAGCUGCAGUGCCACCAUAUAGGCUACGGAUGAUUGCUGAAGCGUACUCUACUAAAGGUCUUUGUCUUGAGAAGCUGCCAAUUUCAUCUUCAGCUAGCAACCUCCAUGUGGACCGUGAACAAGAAAUUGUUACAUGCUACGAGAAGGCUGGGGAUAUUGCUCUUCUCUACCUUCAGGAAAUAGAAAGAGUAAUUAAUGCCAAUAUACAAAACAGGAGCCCUAAACCAGGGCCCACUACACAUGAACAAGAACUUGGGUUUUUCCUGGAAACAGGACUUCAGAGAGCACAUGUUUUAUAUUUCAAGAAUGGGAACUUGACAAGAGGAGUUGGUAGAUUUAGAGAGUUACUAAGAGCUGUUGAAACAAGAACUACACAAAAUCUGCGAAUGACAAUAGCAAGACAACUAGCAGAAAUUUUGUUACGAGGCAUGUGUGAACAGAGUUAUUGGAAUCCCCUGGAAGAUCCUCCUCACCAGUCACCCCUAGAUGAUCCGCUUCGAAAAGGUUCAAAUACUAAGAAUUACACACUCAGUAGAAGACCGCGGGUAUACACCGGAGAAAACAUCUUUUGUCCUCAAGAAAAUACAGAAGAAGCCUUACUGUUGCUGCUUAUUAGUGAAUCUAUGGCUAACCGUGAUGCCGUACUAAGCAGAAUACCAGAACACAAAAAUGACCGUAUCAUCAGUUUGCAAAGUGCAUCUGUAGUCUAUGAUUUACUUACUAUAGCCUUGGGAAGAAGAGGCCAAUAUGAAAUGCUUUCAGAGUGUUUAGAAAGAGCCAUGAAGUUUGCGUUUGAAGAGUUCCAUCUUUGGUAUCAAUUUGCAUUGUCCUUGAUGGCAGCAGGAAAAUCUGCCCGAGCUGUUAAAGUCUUGAAGGAAUGUAUACGUUUGAAACCAGAUGAUGCAACUAUUCCACUUCUUGCUGCAAAGCUCUGUAUGGGAUCUCUCCACUGGUUGGAAGAAGCUGAAAGAUUUGCCAAAGCAGUUGUUGAUCUUGGGGACAAAACAUCAGAGUUCAAAGCGAAAGGCUACUUGGCACUGGGAUUGACUUACAGUCUGCAGGCUACUGAUGCAUCUUUGCGAGGGAUGCAAGAGGUCUUGCAGCGAAAGGCACUUCUUGCAUUUCAGAGAGCUCACAGUUUGUCUCCAACGGAUCAUCUGGCAGCAUUUUACUUGGCACUUCAGCUUGCUAUAUCCAGGCAGAUACCUGAAGCUUUGGGUUAUGUUCGUCAGGCUCUGCAACUACAAGGAGAUGAUGCCAACUCUCUUCAUCUCCUUGCACUCUUGCUAUCAGCCCAGAAACACUAUCAUGAUGCUUUGAAUAUCAUUGACAUGGCCUUGAGUGAAUAUCCAGAAAAUUUUAUAUUACUGUUUACAAAAGUCAAGUUGGAGUCUCUGUGCAGAGGCCCAGAUGAAGCACUCCUUACUUGUAAACACAUGCUGCAGAUUUGGAAAUCUUGCUACAAUCUCACUAACCCAAGUGAUUCUGGUCGUGGGAGCAGCCUGUUAGACAGAGCUAUUGCCGAUAGACGACAGCUCAAUACAAUUACAUUACCAGAUUUCAGUGAUCCUGAAACAGCUUCUGAUACUUCCUCAUCUUCUCUCUCAAGAACAGAGUCUCCUCUUCAACUGUUUGUAUCUUCUCAUCUUCCUCAUCCUCAUCCUAAGCCAGAUAUCUUUGUCUGGCCCCAUGCAGCUUCUCCGUACUGUGACCAAGUUCCUGAGCCCUGUUCACCUUCUCACUGCAGUCCAUCAGAUGCUUGCUUUCAUAAUUUUUACUCCCUUUUUUCAGUUUGUUCCAUUCAUGCCACAUCAAUAGCAGCUUCCAGAGUGGAGCAAGCACUGUCUGAGGUCGCUUCAUCUCUGCAAAGCAGUGCCCCUAAACAAGGUCCUCUUCAUCCUUGGAUGACUCUGGCUCAAAUAUGGCUUCAUGCAGCUGAAGUCUACAUAGGAAUUGGGAAGCCUGCUGAGGCCACAGCUUGUACCCAGGAAGCAGCUAAUCUCUUUCCCAUGUCGCACUAUGUUCUCUACAUGAGAGGUCAGGUCGCUGAACUUCGUGGAAAUAUCGAUGAAGCCAAACGCUGGUAUGAAGAGGCCUUAUCUAUUAGUCCUACCCAUGUGAAAAGCAUGCAGAGGCUGGCUCUGAUACUUCACCAGCUUGGGCGCUAUAGCUUGGCGGAGAAGAUUCUCAGAGAUGCUGUCCAGGUGAACUCCACAGCCCAUGAGGUCUGGAAUGGCCUGGGAGAGGUGCUUCAGGCUCAAGGCAAUGAUGAUGCUGCCACUGAAUGCUUCUUGACAGCGCUGGAGCUUGAAGCUAGCAGUCCUGUGGUCCCAUUUACCAUCAUUCCCAGAGUCCUUUGA